UAAAAUUAUUAAAAACUGUUUAUAUCUUGUAUAUUAACACUAGUUGCUGUCUGUGUGUUGUACCUGUAUGUUUUGAAAUGGAAAAAAUUGCUUUUUUUAUUUUUAUGGGUUUUAUGCAUCAUGCUUACAUAUUGAGGCCAUCGUACUCUAAAGAUACGUUUGAAUGUGUACUACCAAAACUUGAGACUGUAUUACCAGCACAAACAAAAUGUGGCCAAAACUACACUCCACCAGUUGAUGUGUUGAAGAUUACACAUAGAAAAGACGUUAGACCUUUUGGAUUUGUUAGCGACCGUUGUUUUUUACGACCUGGACUAGACGACUGCUUUGAAAGGUCAAUGGAUUUUGUUUCAGAUUGUUUCAAUUCCAGCAAUUUGCAGGGAUUGGAAACUUGGAAAAAAAUAGAUAACGAAGUAACCGAGUAUGUUUGUAAAAAUAAUUCAGAGGUAGCAUAUGAACUUUUUUUAAUAUCAGACGCUAGAUGUUACAUAGAACAAAUAUCGGAUACACUGGAUCAUUGUGUACCGCUUCUAAAGCUAAAUACCACCAUAUACGAUAUACAGGGCCUUAGCCAAAGUUGCAAGAAUUCUGAAGAGUUUUACACUUGCUUCAUAAAGGACUUGAGAAAAGCAUGCUCUGAAACAGUCAUUGAAAUAGCAUCCACCUUAAUCAAGAUCUUAGAGUCGCAUUUAUGUCCUAAGCCAGAUGUUAAAUAGGUUUGAAGGGAAGGUUACAAAUUCGCGUUUUAUCAGAUAAUUUAGUAGAAUGAUUGUAUAAUUAUUGCGACAACUUGAAUAAAAUAUAUCGAUAUUUAA